CAGAAAGUGCAGGGCAAGCAAGACAGCGUCUUAGGAGCUAUUCGUAGGCAUUGCUGCCAAACCCGGCUUGGGGCUGCUCACGAGCUCACUGCAGCCAAUGCAACUUACAAAUCCAACUCUUUUAAAACAGCAGCAGUAUGUGGUCUCUGUUGCUGGCACAAUUGCGCAAAAAAAAAAACCCAACAGUGUAAACGGUGUAAAGAUAAAGAGUAGGCUGGUUUACCCUGUAGCCUCACUGAAAACACCAUGACAUGAUGAAGCAACAGAGAUUUUUGACGUUCAAAGAUUUUUGCAGCAUUUUUUGUGUUUGAUUCUUUGCUGAUCUCAAAAAACAACAUGCCCCACGCUCGAAAUAGGAACCCUAGCCCCAUCCCAGAGGUAACAUGGGACACGGGAUUGAAGGAGAUGAACGAGACCUGGAAAGGAGCUAUAGCCUGUCUCGGGGUGGCUGUCUUCUUUGUCAUGACAAUCGGGAUCAUUUACUGGCAAGUGGUGGACCAGCCCAACAAGAACUGGAUCCUCAGGGGGACAUUUAGCGGGCUGAUCUGGGAGAGAAGAACCCACUCGCUGGUCAUACAGACCCUGGCGGAGGACAAGACCUAUGUGGAGAUAGACGUCGGGAACGUGGGGAACCCCGACAUCGAGGUUCCCUUCGUGAGGAACCUGUGCUGGUUGAAUAAAACGGAGUUCUGCUAUACGUGGGACUCGGUGGCCGAGGUGAAGAUCUCGCUGGAGGUGAACGAGGAGACGGAGACGGAGUGCUACAGUAUGACUUGGGCGCCGGUGCACUGUCAUGUGGAGUUGAAGGACUGCUUCUCCAUGACCAACGUGUCCUGGUACGGCGGCGCCAGUGUCCGAGGUCAGACGUGGCCGAUCAAUGAUCAGAACGCCACCACACAGCCCUUCACUGUGAGUGAUCUAAAGGACAACCCCUUUGGCUUCGGCUCUGCCCUGGAACGCUACUUCCUGGGUUCAUCAGGUGUUGCAGUACUUGUAUCUCCUGAUAUUCCCCUGCAGCUGGGGGUGGACAGCAGACAGCAAUUCUGCCUGCAGUCACUGCCCAGUAUGGAGCGUCUCCCUUUACAGUACACUGUUUGUGUGGCCCACAACGUGAAAGCUGUUCACCAGGAAGCAGUGCAGCAACUCUCCCAGCACAGCAGGGAGCUGCCCAACAUGAAAGCGCUGUGGCUGCCGUUCUGGAAGCUGCUCGCCAACGUGGACUCAGGGCCAAAGGUGGAGAGGGAGCUGAGGACCUUCUCUAAUCGUCUGAGGAGACACCAGCUGGGGGAGGGAGUCAUCAGCCUCAAUGAACAUUCCACCACCCUCCUCUCUGAUAUGGACCAUGACUACCUCAACAGCAGGAAAAGGGGGAUGUCCAAGAGACUGACCAGGGACCUCCCACUUGUCAAGCUUCUUAACAUUUCCAUCACCCUUUCCCCUUUCCUGGGCGUGGACACCACGCAGUUCCACACCUCCCUCAUGGACGGCACUGAGGCCUACUGGCUCAGUCUCCCCUCAGCCCCCCAGGGACAACUGAUCCCUGUGAUGAGUCAGUGGCGAGGAAAGUUCUGUGUAAAGCUGAACAUCACCAACCCAGGAGCGGUGAGCUGGUUCCUGGACAGAGUGGGAUCCCUGCAGGCCCAUUUGGGGAUGGAGUACAUCAUGCUGGAGGGGGGUGAAGGGAAUCUGUUUGAGGAGCAAGCCCUGCAGCCACCACAGGCUCUCGGUGGGGACAAGUACAUCAGUCUGCUGGCCGACUUGGCCACAAAGAUAGGAGACUCCACCAUUGUGACAGCAGGGACACGGUCCAGCCAUAAGCCUCUGUUUGUGAGGAUGACCCCCCUGCAGUCCAACUGGAGCCCAAUGGGCCUAAAGGGCAUCAUUCCCUCCCUGCUGCACCACACUCUGCUGGGAUACAACUUCCUCAUUCCUGAUGCAGUAGGUGGCUCUCUAUCUGGAGACCUGGUCACAGAUGAGGAGUUGUUCAUCCGUUGGCUGGAGAUCACAGCCUUUCUUCCUGUUAUCAGCUUCCACACACCACCCUGGGUCUGCGGAGAGGACCGGGUGCUAAACGUAACUCGGACCUACAUAGCAAAGCACCAGAGGGAUGUAGUCCCAUUGAUAGAAAAGUAUGCAGAGGAGUGGCGGAUGACAGGAAACCCCAUCUACCGGCCAAUGUGGUGGCUCAGUCCAAGCGACCCCAUGACUUUCACCAUUGAUGACCAGUUCCUCAUCGGAGACGAGGUCCUGGUGGCACCGGUGGUGGAGAAGGGUGCAGUGCAGAGGGAUAUUUAUUUACCUGACGGCGGCUUUAAGUGGCAGGACAGCCAGAACGCUCAGGUGUUUGAUGGGGGCAUGUUCCUACAGGAUUACCCAGUGCCCUUGGAGGAGGUGGCCGUUUUCUUACGGAGAAGCUGAGUCAUGUGACUGAUCCAUCCAGUCACGUGACUUAUCCUGUUACUGUUUUGAAUGAAAUUAUUUUUUUCUUUUUUCUUUUUAAAUACUUGUGCUGUUGUCAACUUGCACUUUUCCACUAAAGACCAUUGACACUGUCUCAAGGCCCUGUCUUGAGAUUAUAUGUAGAAAGAUUUUUUUUUAUACUUGCACUUUACAGUUCAAAAUGAUGUGGGGGGUUUUUUGUGACAAUUUUUCUCUUCCUUUUUUAAAAUGUUAAUCGGUUUUACCUCUUGGCUGAUUUGUUUCUGGACUUUUUGAUCUGUUCUGCUUUUUUCGUAUGUAAGUUCCCGGAGAAAUCUGUGUGUUUACAUACUGCAUUUCUACAGUCUUUACAUUUUUUAGUUGCUGCUGGCUCUCUUGAUAAGGAGGAACAAAGCAAGCCCCUUGUUUGCUUCAAAAUAAUCUGAAUCUCUCAAGAAGACCAAAUGAAGACAUAGAACGAUGAAGGAAAAUGGUUGAAAGGUUUUUUUUUUCUUAUUGGGAGGAAUUUAGCUCACAGAAAGCUUCGUACUGAGACUGACGCGCCGUGGUACCGUAUGUCUUGCUCACUCAUCAGAAAGGCUUUUACUUGAACUCAGGCCAACGGGCCAAUGUUUUAUGAAUGUACCUCAGGUUGUGGUUGUUCACUGCUUUACUGAGUCAUCAGACACAACAAUCUAUCGCCCCAUAGCACUUAUUCUUAGAGUAGUUUAACUUUUUUUAUCUUAUUUAUCAACACCACUCUGUUGGACACGUCUGAAUGUCCCUUAGUACUGUAGGCCAGAUGAACUUAAGGCCAAGCCACUGUAAUUGUAACUCUGGCUAUAUUUGAAUUUAGAUUAUAUGUUACCUUUUUACUAACCUGCUGUAGUAAGGGCUUUUAAAUGGGCUGCUGAUUUUUGUCUGAUGUUGUGUUGAUAUGCUCUUUCAUCUUCAUGGGUACCAAAUUAAGCCCGAAAGAAAAGCCUUAUUGACGACACUGCAGAGGUUGAAAUGAGAUUUUUAAUAGACUGAUGGACUGGUGGGAAAUUUGCUUUCUUGCAGAGUUAGAUGAGAAGACCAAUACCACUCUCAUAUCUAUACGGGUAAAUAUUAAGCUACACCAAACAGCCAGUUGGCUAGCCUGGUCCAAAGGUAACAACAUAUGACUACCAGCACCUCUAAAGCUCACUAAUUAAGGUUAUAACUCAUUUGUUUAAUCUGCAUAAAACCAAUGUGUAGUUGUUUGUUUGUUGUUGUUUUGUGGGACUAUUUCUUGGCUAGAAGCAGUGACUUCCUCCAGUUUCUCCUGGCUGUAGGCUUCCUAUUUACCAUGCAGAUAUGAAAGUGGUAUCAAUGUUCUCAUCUAAGUUUCAAAAAGAAAGCAAAUAUGCCCUAACCAAAAUGACAGAAUGUUCCUCUUAUCGGACGAUGUGGGGGAAGGAGCUCUUCAGACCCCAAAUAACAUAAAUACAUGUGUAAUAUGUGUAAGAAAUGUCUAUUGCAGCCAUCUUGGAUUUUUCAGAAAUUGUUGAAAGCAUCACCUGACAUUUCACCGACGUGCAGCGGCCACUUGACAUAAACCCUGACAAGUAAUUACAUUUCUGCCCGUGUGUACCCUUCACUUAGCUUCCUCUUUGGGCUGUGCUUGUAAUCACAUCCACUUCUGUCACUUGCUUUAGUUCAGUAGUAUUACUUAUGUAGGAGACAUUUUAUUUUAUUUGGUUUUAACCCUGACUCAAUGCUUUAAGCAUAUAAUAUGUAAAUGAGAUGACUGAUUUUCUUUUGUGAUUAUAUUCAAAACUAGCCCAUGGAGAAAUUGCACCACGAUGCAUUGCUCUAUGUGUAGAUAGUUAGUUUGACAGUGCUCGUUGGCAGUGCUUUUCUGUAUUGAUUUGUUCUUCACAAGACAAUCUUAACUGGCCAGCAGUGAUGAUACAGACUCUGAAACCUUAUCACUUAGCGAAUGCUUUACCACUAAAUUGAUUGUGUAACUUUGAUCUAUAAAGUUUACUGUAUCAACUCGAACACUCAGGUCUACUGAAGCUUAUCAAAUCACCAAAUGUCUUAGUGCAACGCAGUAUGUUGUGAACACAUUGACGUCUUAAUCUCUCCUAGAGCUGAAUGUACAAUGGACAAACUGUGAUUUCCCACCCGAGCCCUUUGUGCGAGGAGGUUUUCUAGCUCCCGUUCUAAUGCUUUUAUGGAAUGCUGUGGUAUGUUCACGUAUAAGUUGCACGAAAAAGCUUUGAUGUGUUAUUCCUUCCCUUUACAGACUGAGCGAACCAUGUGCCUUAAUAUGCCACUCUUAAAUCUGGACAACACGAGUGUCUGGAUUAUUGCAGUAUCAGCAAUGUACAUAUUACGAUGACUGUGCCAUUACAAGUAUUUUUCUCUUCUGUAAAUCAGAGAACUUAGAACGACAAAGUUGCAAUAAAGUUUACAUUUUCUUACUUCA